CCCCCACCCUUCCGCCGCAGCGCAGCCGCCGCCCCCGGGAGCCUCGUCACGUGCGUUCAGGCUGCGGAGCAGGUCUGCUGGGUUUCCUUGUUCCGGUGGCGCUUCAGCCUUUCCGAAGAUAAGGGGCAUAAAGAAGCCACCUCCCCAGCUGUCGUCAUCCGGCAGCAGAUUGAGCAAGAAUAUUCUGAGUACUGCAGAGAAGACAAUCCAUCAAACCUCAGAUGAUGAGCAGCCCUGUGACCUGUUUAAGACAAGGAAUAGGAUGAGGGGUUGUCAUCAGAAAAGCAGCAGUAUAAAUGCUGGCUCAUCUUGGAAUCAAGUACAGCAUUUAAAGACUCCUUCAGGGAAAAGGCAGAGUGGAUCGCAAGGACCCCAUGUCCCCUCCCAGCUGAGGAGCAGCCUCCUUGGAUUCUCCCAGCCAGCAGCAGAUAAACUCAUGGAAACUGUUCCCAUGGAGGGAAGACAGGAGCAGGCUGCGCUCAGCUCCAGGUAUCAGGCUGCCUCUGGAAGCAAGCUGCUCCUUGACUUCCACUCCAUGGAGAUCAUGAAGGGAGGUGCUGAUGAGGACAGUGCCAGUGACCUGUCAGACUCAGAAAGAGUGGCCAUCCCCCCUUCUCCAUUCACGCCUCCAGAGCUCAACCUCAGAGCCGAAGAGAUAGACCCGGUUUCCUUCAGUCUUCACCCAGAGCUGAGCCAGGCGGAGUCCGGACACACCUACCCUGACUUUCUUCCACCUCCUUUUAAUUCCUGGGACCUCCGGGAUAUGGCUGUUGUUAUGAACACAGAGUGCAGGAGUGAGGCCCUGCCUCGGGCCACGGGAUUCCUUGGGAAGUACAUAGACAGACUUCUUCAACUAGAAUGGCUGCAAGCCCAGACUGUGCAGUGUGAGAAGGCCAGAGCCGCCAAGGCCAAGCCCCCUGGUGCCUCUGGGGUGCUGAAAAGCCCUGGACGGGGUAAGCUCCUUACCACUGCUCUGUCCAAACCCUUACCAGCCCCAGAAGGGAUUUCAAAGUCAGGCCCUUCUCGAAAGAAAGGUUUUCGCCACGAAGAAGCCCACCCAUCCUACUAUGCAUUUGAGACUUUGCCUAACUCUGUGGAUGGGCCUGGCCGACCCAGGCUGUGUUCCCAGAAGCAAGCCCCCGAACUGAGGGUGGAGAAGAAGAAGAAAUCAAGUAAGGGCCCCAAGCUUCAGCUCCGUGCUCCACCCUGCGCCGAGGGCAACCCUGCAAUGGAAGCCAACGGUAACAUCCGAAUCCCCAGGCCGUCUGCAGUGCUUCUGGACCCAGUGGAUGCCCAUAGGGCCUCCAGGACACAGGCACACGUGGACCUGAAGAAAAAGGGAAGUGCAAAUACCUGUGGCUAUGCCCCUUCAUCCAGUGAGAAAAAACUCAAAACAAAUGGAGCCAAGCAGAGCACAUAUAAGUUAAAGUGACCCCUGCGGCAAAGAAUUGUAGAGACCUACAGAUGUCUAACAAGGGGGGCUCUCUCCAGUGUGGUGAUGAGCUUGAACCCAUCUGUGGUAACUAACUCAAACUUACCCCAGCCUGCCCCAAAAGUUAUUUUCCAAGGUCUCGGUGAGGCUUAGUAAGCUGUUCUUUGAAUAGACAGUCUUAAGUGUUCGAGGGCCCUAUAGGUAAAAAUUUACCCAUGUGUCUGUGACACAAGGGAUUGAAGCAGCAGUGCCAGGCAGCCAGCACAGACCAGCUCCAGUGUCUGUCCCUGUCUCUGAAGUGUGGGAGACGUGUGAGCUGCUUUAAGGGAGAAACCCUAGCAUGUGGAAGAAGAGAGGCCCUGCUGGCUCACCACCCCCUUUUGCUUUUUCGUAAACCCCUAAAGCAGAGUCUCUGCCUGUUGUCUUUCUCUCAUCUGUCGCCCCAUCCCCCAGCCUCAGCCCCACUCCAGUUAGGGAGCACAUGCAUUUCUAUUUUGAGGGUCAUUUAUCUGAAGCAGUUCCUUGCCAGAAGCAAAGGCAUCCGGAUCACCUAUCUGAUGCAUUUUAAAAGGCAUUUUAAGUCCGGGGGUGGUGCUCUAGCCCAUGUCUGUGUUCUCUUAACUGAAGUUAACAUCAUUUGUGGAUUUUUCCAGAGAGAAAGACGACGAGCCCAACCAUUGUUGCUGCUGUCUGAUGGGAGCAAAAAAAAAAAAAAAAAAAAAAUGCCUUGACACGUUAGACUUUGGGGUAGCCAUGAGCAAUUUGUAUGAUUACUCCAAUGUAAGUCGUUAAGUUGCUGACUAGGGACCAUAUUGUCUUGUUCUGGGUCAAAAACUAAAGGUCUAUUUCCGUUUGUAAGAACAGGUUUUUCUAAUUACUCCUGGGGCCAGGGGAGG